GCUGCGGACCCAGUUUCCGGAAGGCUCCCCACCCCCUACGUCGGGUUCAGUCAUCCCGCUUCCUUCCCGGCUUGCUUCGCGCGAGCCGCCGGGCUGGGCCAGAGCAGCCCAAGAUGGCCGACUUCGAGGAUCGGGUGUCGGAUGAGGAGAAGGUACGGAUAGCUGCCAAGUUCAUCACUCAUGCUCCCCCAGGAGAAUUUAAUGAAGUGUUUAAUGAUGUCCGGUUACUACUUAACAAUGACAAUCUUCUCAGGGAAGGGGCAGCUCAUGCAUUCGCCCAGUAUAAUAUGGAUCAGUUCACUCCAGUGAAGAUAGAAGGGUAUGAUGAUCAGGUCUUAAUUACAGAACAUGGUGACCUGGGUAGUGGCAGAUUUUUAGAUCCAAGAAAUAAAGUUUCCUUUAAGUUUGAUCACUUACGGAAAGAAGCAAGUGACCCCCAACCUGAGGACAUAGAUGGAACUCUGAAGUCAUGGAGGGAAUCCUGUGACAGCGCAUUAAGGGCCUAUGUGAAAGAUCAUUAUUCCAACGGCUUCUGUACUGUUUAUGCUAAAAUUAUAGAUGGGCAGAAGACUAUUAUUGCCUGUAUUGAGAGCCACCAAUUUCAGCCUAAAAACUUCUGGAAUGGUCGUUGGAGGUCAGAAUGGAAGUUUACCAUUACACCACCUACAGCUCAGGUGGUUGGAGUGCUAAAGAUUCAGGUCCAUUACUAUGAAGAUGGCAAUGUUCAGUUGGUUAGUCACAAAGAUGUACAGGAUUCAGUAACCGUUACUGAUGAUGUACAAACUGCCAAGGAAUUUAUAAAAAUCAUAGAACAUGCUGAAAAUGAGUAUCAGACCGCGAUUAGUGAGAAUUAUCAGACAAUGUCAGACACCACAUUCAAGGCCUUGCGCCGGCAGCUUCCAGUCACCCGCACCAAAAUCGACUGGAACAAGAUACUCAGCUACAAGAUUGGCAAAGAAAUGCAAAAUGCUUAAGGCUGGAUGUGAAAUUCUUCAUUUGUAACAUGCAAAAAAAAAAAGAAGAAGAAGAAGAAAGGAAAGGGAAAAAAAGAUUCAAAGUAUGGUCUUAUAAGUAGGUGGUUUAUAAACAAGUGCGGUAUUUUCUUAGGGCUUUCAAAGUUAACAGGUUUUCUAGCCUCUUGGAAUACUAUUGAACCAAUAGCAUUGUCUUGAUGGUUUUUUUUGUGUGUGUGUGUGUCCUUGCCAUGUAACUUCCUAUUGUGACUGUAUCUACUUGUAGGAUUUUUUUUAAAUUCAGUUAUUUUUAACAUUGAAAAAAGAAAGAGAAAGAGAUAUGUCCUGGAAUUUAUGUACUGGUUAGAAAAUUUCCUAGCCAUGAAAGCCCUCUCACAAACAGGCAGGUAAUGUUUUCAAUACUCUCCCACCCUUAUCCUUAAUAGCACUUCUGGUAUACCAGUGGUUUUUACUGAUCAACCAAUAGCUAAAGAUGCUGUGCUGCAAGAUAUAUCUACAGACAUCCUUCCUCUUUUGACUGCUGAUUGCCACUUAAUGGCAUCUUGAUAGCUGUAGAUUUUUAAAUAUUUGGAAUGGGGUUUUUAAGGUCCCUUUGGUGGAAAAAAAAAAGGGGGGGGGUUUCUGGAAAUUCCCAUAAUAACCAGCUUCUCUGGGGAAAAUCUGGGGGUUUUGUGUUGUUGUUUAUUUUUUAAUCCAAAGACUUGAACCACAUUCCCUCCAAGUGAAACUUGUUUCCUUUCUUCCUUUUCCAAAAAUUCCCUUCUUUCUAGUAAUAUGGUUGUUAUAGGCAUCUGCAUUUUUAGAAUAUAGCUACCGCAUUUAUAUAUUUUUUUAUAUUCAAGAACUGCUGACACAGUCUGGAUGUAGAAGAAUAAAUAUUAAAACUUGAAAAAUGCAGAUGCCUAAGGAAUAUUGUGCUUUAAUGCUUUCUGGCAGGUUACUAGAGUUUGUACUGUAAGUGUAUGAAUUAGUCAAGUGCAUAAAUCAUAAAUAAAAACAAAAAAAAAAUUGCACCAAAGUGAGAAGAAUAACUUCUAAGCAGUGUCAUUCUAUUGUUACCUGUUUCUUAAUGUACUUCAAGGGAACACUGGCAAUUCGCUCUAAAUGGUUUGUAAAACUUGUUUGACAUUCUUCUUCAGUCCUGCCUGCCAAGAGCUCAACUUAGACUGUGAUACAGCAACCCUUCCAGGAGGGUGAGUGAAGGUAUGUGUUCCAUAGCUCUCAAAACAGAGACACCACGGAUUUGCUGUAGCUAGUAAUCAGAACUAUGUAUGGUGAAUUCAUUCUACAUUGUUUACACUUAGGUGACGAGGCCUUAACAUGAGGUCAUUUUUUUUUUUAAACCAAAUGCUGUCUUCCUAUCUCCAAAUACAUGUUGAAGAGGAGGAUGUUUGUGCUUAAAGUGGCAUUAUUUUUGUUCAGUAACGUGGUUAAGCAAGAGUGUUUCCAAAGUGUCCCAUUACUUAUGUAAACUUUUUUCCAAAAUAAAGUAUAUUUGUAUUAUUUGCCAUUCAUAAUAUCCAUCCAUAUUACAAAAUCCUCUGUACCUACUAGUAGAAAUACAACGGUUUUGUUCUAAA